AUGCUCCCACCCCCUCCUCCCUCAUCCCACCAGAGCCCAACAGGUGACAGACACUCCCCCGGUGGGGGGCAGCGCUCCGAGCCCUGCCGCCCUCUGCCCAUCACCUCCCCGCUGGCCGGGCUGCCCCGCAACUUUCGCGUUAGGGAACCCCCGAAGCCUCAGAAGGUGGAUCGGUGGACGGAGAAACGGGCCUUGUUCGGGGUCUACGACAACGUGGGGAUCCUGGGCGGUUUCCAGAUCCACCCGAAGCACCUCAUCGUGGGGCCCAGGUGGCUGCGAGGCUGGCGAGGUAAUGAGCUGCAGCGGUGCAUUCGCAAGAAGCAGAUGGUGGGAGAUCGGAUGUUCCUGGAUGAUUACCACAAUCUCAAAAAGAGGAUCCGGUUCUUGUACAAGCGCUUCAACCGCACUGGGAAGCACCGCUAGGAGAGAUUAUGGGUCUGGCAUGGGGUUUUGCGGUAUCACAGUCGGAAUAAAGCCAUAUUUCUUGCGGCUUU